CGUGGAAUUCAGGAUGCAGACUGUUUAUAAAACAAAGAUAACACAACAAUUCAUACUUAAUUUGUAAAACGGUCAUUCAUCUAUAUGUUAUUUGUUAGUUUGCAAAACACACAAAUAAACUCCUCUAUCUGACACUGACAAUGGUACACUUGGAUCGGAUGUUUUUGCGUGUGUUGGUGACGGCCGUGUGGGUGGUGGGUUCCCGUGUAUUCCCCUUCCGGCGGACGGAUCGCCAGGUGUCGGCCUGGUCGCCGUGGUCCGAUCCGAUCGGGUUCGUGCAGGUGCCCAGAGAGCGGACCAUCCUCCUCAAGCCGACCAACGCCGACACCCAUAUCCCGCCAGAACUGGAGAAUAUCAAAAUCACAGGUCGACGAGCCAGUAUCCAGUCCACUGCGAAACCAAACGCGACCGACUUUAUGGUCAAGAACAAGCUUAAAGGUGGUCUGGACUUGCUCAUCAUCUUGGACGGGUCGGGAAGCAUAGGAGCCACGAACUUCCAGGACACGAAGAACCAACUGGCCCGCCUCUUGGGUAUGCUGUGCCCCACACCGGACCCCUUUAAGGGGUACCAGCAGGCGGCGCUGAUUGAGUUCUCGAGCACUGUGCGGGAGAUCUUCGACUUCAAUGAUAAGACAAACACACUGGCUGUGCAACAGGGCGUCAAGGGGACGCCUUAUUCCGGAGGCGACAGGUGCACCGCCACCGCAUUCAACUACGCCCGUAACACAAUGUUUACCGCCGCUAAAGGUAUGCGGAGCCGACCAGACGUGAAACAGGUAGUGCUUAUCUUAACGGGCGGACAAUCGAACUGCGGCGGGGACGCCGUACAUGCCGCUAAGCUGCUCGACAAGACAGCCAAUGUUUACGGGCUAUUGAUCGGCCGCCACAGCACGGCCGGCAUGCAUGAACUGUCAAACUACGUUUCAUCGCCGAAGAACCAGCACCUGUUUACCCUGGAGAACGCACGUGAGCUGAGUCAGCUCGUUGAUCUCUUGGAGCAGCAGCUCAAGUCCGUCCCCUGUGCCCCCUUCGACCUCUGAGCGCGACCAAUGUCCUUAUAUCAUAUUUCUAUUGUUAAUUGUAUUCUUGUUUUGAUUACUGGUCAGUUGUUUUAUAUAUUUUAUUAAUGUAAAACGACUUUAAAACGUUUUCAAUUAUACCGAAGCACCGAUGUGAUAUGGAAGUGUUUUGAGUUCAUUUUGUUAGAACCCUUACCCUAUAUAAAAUAGCAAUUCCACACGGCCUCUUAUGUAAUGAGAAUUUGCUUCUGUACAUUGGAGGAGCGGUGAUAAUAAAAUUGCUAUUCGUG